AUGGGCAGAGCAAAUGCGGGUAAAACAACUGUUUUACAGCGGGUCUGUAACACUACUGAUCAGCCUGAGAUCUUCGAUGGCAACGAAGAGAAGGUUGAUGCUGGGGCGGUGCAGGGUUCACUGGAGUGUGGCUACCAUAACAUUGAGGAUGAGCUAGUGUUUAAAAGCAACCCAUGCUAUGUGUUCCAUGAAUGUGGAUUCGAGGCGGGGAGUGAGGUAGAGUUUGAUAGGAUGAAGGAAUUUGUUACAGAUCGAGCAAGGUCCACGAAACUGGAGAAGAGAAUACAUGCAAUUUGGUAUUGCAUUCCUUUGAUUGAAACCCAUAGGAUGGUUAUGCGUGCUGAAAUGAAGUUCUUUAAUGAGUGUGGUUCAGCACAUGUUCCUGUGAUUGUGCUCCUCACAAUGGCUGAUGCCUUGACACGUCAUGCAGUCCAGAAACUUAUGAAAAAGGGGUUAACUAUGGCUGAUGCAUUUAAAGAGGCACCAGAGGUAGAAAAACAGUUGCAAGAGGACUGUCUGGAAAGGAUCCAAGGGCAACUGAAUGAACUGAAUUUUCCACCUCAAAAUUAUGUGAUAUUCACUGGCAUGCAAGGGGGGGGUGCAGAUUGUGAAGAGUUAUUGAAAUGCACAGCAAAUGCUUUGACAGAGGAAGGGCUGCAAGGACUGCUUAUAUCAUCACAGCAGUCAAACUUGGAACUCUGCAUGGAAUUUGCCAUAAUGAAGACAUUGAAGGGGAGCAUGAACCAGGUGCCUGGUCAGAUUAAAGUGGACAACUUAGCACAUGAACUUGCAGCAUGGUUCCCAUUUGAGGUGUGUGAAAUUCUGCAAGAGUAA